CAGGUUGCGAAACAUCGUCAAACUGCCCACCAGGUUAAACGGAACCUCGGAGCUGGUGUUUGUUAACAAUUUGUAGUGGUUCUCCGUAUGUAAUCGGGCUCUAAUCGACAAUUCUGGUCAGACAACAAUCACGAUUUCACUUGUCAUCUAUAGCAAGAAUAAGCAUCAACAAAUCACUCGCAGCAAUGAUCGAAGGGUCAGGAGAAGACAGUGCUCUCCACAAAAUCUCAACAGACUUCGCGAAAUGAUCGCAUCGACGGAAAUUAGUUUGUUCUUUGAUCCUGAUGUAUUGUGAUAAUUUGGCAAGCUAUUCAAACUUCUGUUUUGAUGUCUGUUGCCUUCAGGAAACUAUUUACGUCAGUGCUGACAGGUUUUCCUCUCCCCAUCUGAAGCGGCUACCCCGACUUAAGGAGAAAGCGUUUAAAGAAAAAGACGGCACAUCAGUAAAAGCUCUCACAGGUCGUAUCAAGGAAGAGCUACACGGUCCUAACAAAGUGUAUGUCCAGUCUGUUCUUGGGAACGGCAGUUGUCGUGAACUCUGGAGGAUGCUGAAAACCCUUAGCGGUUACUCGAGGUUCGUCCUACUUUGAUGUAGGCGUGGAAAUAUUCAAUCAAGAGUACUGCAAGUGUAAUACUACUACAGCUCCAGAGAAUUCCUGUGCCUAACUUCUGGGGUCUACUG